UUUUCCACUUAUUAGUGCAUAUUCUCUUUUUACUCUCUCUCCCUCUCUCAUGCAGCAGAAGCAGAGCAGCAGAGGAAGAAGAAGGAGGGAGGCAAUUCUUUUUGCUCCGACUCAUUAUUACCAUCAUCAUCAUUUCUCUCCUUUUUUCUUUCUCAGUUAGGUCCAAAUCCAAUGGAGGAAGAGGAGGAGAAGAACAACAACAACACAGAACAGAAGGAGCAAGAGGAGCCCAACAAAUGCAAUCCUAAACCCACAACUUUAGCUAGGGAAGGUAGAAGAAGGACUACUACUACUAUUACUACUAACCCCCUUCUUCCUCCUCCUCCACCCUAUCCCCACAAUAACAACUAUUAUCACCACCACCACCACCAUAAUAGUAAUAAUAAUAAUAAUAAUAAUAAUGGGAUUUGGCUCUUCAACCACCGCCAAAACAACCAAUACCCAGCUCUCCUCCCUCUCCCACCACUGCACUUCGCUUUCACCACUCCUCCACCGCCAUGGAAAUUCAAUAACCGCCACCUCCCACCUCCAGCCACCUCUUCUCAUUCCUCUCCACCUACACCAGCGAGCUGUAACAACAACAAUAUCGUCGACGUCUUGCCAUUAAUUGGAAGAACAAAUCAUAGAGCAAGUAAUAUUAUUACUCAUCGUCAUAAUAAUUGCGAUCAAUAUUCAAUCAAGCCGCCAUUAAAAACAACAACAACAGUGGCAAGGAGACCAGAUUCCGGUGGCGUACAAGGCUCACUUAUUUCACUCCUCGCCAAUCACUUCCCCGUUCAAUUCGAUCCUUCACAACCCAUCUACCACUAUGAUCUUCAAAUCACACCUAAUCCCACUUCCAAAGACAUCGCAAGAAUCAUCAAAACCAAACUCGUUCAUGAAAACUCACUUCUCCUCUCCGGAGCUCAUCCAGCCUACGACGGAACAAGAAAUCUCUACAGCCCAAUCGAAUUCCAACACGACAGACUCGAAAUCUUCAUCAACCUCCCUAUUCCUACCAAAGAUCAGAUCAAGCACAAGCUCUUCAAGGUAAACGUCAAGCUCGUGUCCAAGCUCGACGGUAAACACCUAACCGAUUACCUUAGCAAAGACGGAGACGAUUCCGCCCCUCUCCCUCAGGAUUAUCUUCACGCGUUGGACGUCGUUCUUAGAGAGAGCCCCACCGAGAAAUGCAUAGCCGUUGGGAGAUCAUUAUACUCGAGUUCAAUGGGCGGCGGCGUUAAGGAUAUCGGAGGUGGUGCCGUCGGAAUGAGAGGCUUCUUUCAAAGUCUUAGACCCACACAACAAGGGCUUGUUCUCAACGUAGAUUUCUCCGUCACAUCCUUCCACGAGAGCAUAGGUGUCAUCCCUUAUCUGCAGAAGAGGGUCGAGUUCUUAUACGACCUUUCUCAUAGGAAGAAUAGAGGGUUGAAUGGAGAAGAGAGGAAAGAAGUGGAGAAAGCUUUGAAGAACAUAAGAGUCUUCGUUUGCCAUAGGGAAACUGUGGAGAGAUAUCGCGUUUAUAGCCUAACUGAGGAAGUUACUGAGAAUCUAUGGUUUCCAGAUAGAGAUGGGACGAAUUUGAGGCUGGUGAACUACUUUAAGGAUCAUUAUAACUAUGACAUACAGUUUAGGUACCUUCCUUGUUUGCAGAUUAGUCGGAGUAAGCCAUGUUAUCUACCCAUGGAGCUUUGUAUGAUCUGCGAAGGUCAAAAGUUUCUUGGCAAGCUCUCCGAUGAUCAAACCGCCAAGAUCCUUAAAAUGGGAUGCCAAAGACCAAGAGAACGUAAGGCCAUUAUUAAUCAAGUCAUGACAGACCCCGUCGGACCAACCAGUGGCAUUCAGGGAAGAGAAUUCAAGCUUCAUGUUUCGAGAGAAAUGACACGAUUGAACGGAAGAAUCCUGCAGCCACCGAGGCUGCAACUAGGCGAUGGAGGCCACAUUAGAGAGUUAACUCCUUCCCGACAAGACAGACAAUGGAACCUUCUAGAAAGUCAGGUUUUCGAAGGUACUAGGAUUGAUCGAUGGGCGUUGAUAAGUUUCGGCGGUACGCCGGAGCAGAGAUCAUGCGUCCCGAAGUUCGUAAACCAGCUCGCCCAAAGAUGUGAGCAAUUAGGAAUCUUCCUCAACAAGAACACAAUCGUUGGGCAUCAUUUCGAACCGAUGCAAGUACUCAACAACGUAGCGAACCUAGAAUCCAAACUGAAGAAAAUUUACCGGUCGGCGUCAAACAAUCUCCAGCUCUUAAUCUGCGUAAUGGAGAGAAAACAUAAAGGCUACGCGGAUUUCAAGAGAAUAGCGGAGACGAGCGUGGGUGUGGUUAGCCAAUGUUGCUUAUACCAAAAUCUCAACAAGUUAACUUCUCAAUUCCUCGCAAACUUAGGACUCAAGAUCAAUGCAAAAGUGGGAGGUUGCACGGUUUCUCUUCACAACCCUUUCACGGCUCAAGUUCCACGUAUCUUCGGGGUCGACGAGCCCGUAAUCUUCAUGGGAGCAGACGUGACUCAUCCCCAUCCUCUCGACGAUUUCAGCCCAUCUGUAGCUGCAAUAGUCGGCAGCAUCAAUUGGCCAUCCGCAAACAAAUACAUCUCCCGUAUGAGAUCGCAGACGCAUCGGAAAGAGAUCAUACAAGAUCUAUCCACGAUGGUAUCUGAAAUCCUAAACGAUUUCUUACAUGAACUAAAGACGCUCCCGAAAAGAAUAAUCUUUUUCAGAGACGGAGUGAGCGAGACACAAUUCUACAAAGUUCUCCAAGAAGAACUUGGAGGCAUAAGGUCGGCUUGUUCUACAUUCCCCAACUACAACCCGCCGAUCACGUUCGCUGUCGUUCAGAAGAGACACCACACGAGGCUGUUCCCGAACGAGAACAAACAACGGAAUCAAAACUUGGACGAAAACAUCCCACCGGGGACAGUGGUGGAUAGCGUGAUAACCCACCCGAGGGAAUUCGACUUCUACUUAUGCUCGCAUUGGGGAGUGAAGGGAACCAGCAGGCCCACUCAUUACCAUGUUUUAUGGGACGAAAACGAAUUCAGUUCGGACGAAUUGCAGAAGCUUGUUUAUCACCUUUGUUUCACGUUUGCAAGAUGUACAAAGCCCGUUUCUUUGGUGCCACCUGCUUACUAUGCACACCUUGCUGCCUAUCGAGGAAGGCUAUACCUCGAUCGUUCUGAUCCUUCACCCUUCUUCAGGAAAUCAAGCAUUUCCCGGGCUGCACCUCCCAAAACCGCCCCUUUGCCUAAGCUAAGUGAGAAUGUUAAGAAGCUCAUGUUUUAUUGCUGAUAUUUCUAAUUCCUACAUGCAUUAUUAUUAUUAUAUAAAGGCUUGUGUA